AAAAAAUGAAUCUGAUUGUGAAGCUUCGGAGAAGUUUCCGAACACUGAUUGUUCUCUUAGCGACCUUUUGUCUGGUGAGCAUUGUGAUUUCUGCCUAUUUUCUCUACUCCGGCUACAAACAGGAAAUGACACUUAUUGAAACCACUGCAGAAGCAGAAUGUGCUGACAUCAAAAUUCUACCUUAUCGGUCAAUGGAGCUGAAAACAGUUAAGUCUCUUGAUGCAUCUAAAACUGAUGCUACCGUCCUCCUCUUUGUGGAGAGCCAGUAUUCCCAACUCGGUCAAGAUAUCAUAGCUAUCUUGGAGUCCAGUCGGUUUCAGUACCACAUGGUCAUUGCCCCCGGCAAGGGGGACAUACCUCCUCUCACGGAUAAUGGCCAGGGGAAGUACACCUUAGUCAUUUACGAAAAUAUCCUGAAGUAUGUCAGCAUGGACUCGUGGAAUCGAGAGCUUUUAGAAAAAUACUGUGUGGAAUACAGUGUUAGUAUAAUCGGUUUUCAUAAAGCCAACGAGAACACCUUACCAAGUACACAACUAAAAGGAUUUCCAUUAAACCUCUUCAAUAAUCUAGCUCUAAAGGACUGUUUCGUCAACCCUCAGUCUCCUUUACUGCAUAUUACCAAAGCCCCCAAGGUUGAGAAAGGCCCUCUUCCUGGGGCAGACUGGACUAUAUUCCAGUAUAACCAUUCAACCUACCAGCCUGUGCUUUUAACUGAGCUACAGACAGAAAAUUCCCUUUCAUUCCUGUCCAGUAAAAUACUUUAUGCAACAGUGAUUCAGGAUCUGGGCCUUCAUGAUGGAAUUCAGCGAGUUCUCUUUGGCAACAACUUGAACUUCUGGCUGCACAAGCUCAUCUUCGUAGAUGCCAUUUCCUUCUUGUCAAGGAAGAGACUGACACUGUCCUUGGACCGGUACAUCCUCGUGGACAUCGACGACAUAUUUGUGGGGAAGGAGGGAACCAGGAUGAAUGUCAAAGAUGUGAAGGCAUUACUAGAGACUCAAAAUUUACUGCGCACUCAGGUUGCAAAUUUUACCUUCAACCUUGGAUUUUCAGGGAAGUUUUACCACACAGGGACUGAAGAGGAAGAUGAAGGGGAUGACCUUUUGCUCCAGUCCGUGGAUGAGUUCUGGUGGUUUCCUCACAUGUGGAGCCACAUGCAGCCCCACCUCUUCCACAAUGAGUCGUCUCUGGUGGAGCAGAUGAUUCUCAACAAGGAAUUUGCACUGGAACAUGGGAUACCCAUCAACAUGGGCUAUGCUGUGGCCCCACAUCAUUCAGGGGUCUACCCUGUUCAUAUUCAGCUGUAUGCGGCUUGGAAGAAGGUCUGGGGUAUUCAGGUCACCAGCACUGAGGAAUAUCCACAUUUGAAACCCGCACGGUACAGAAAAGGCUUCAUCCACAAUAGCAUCAUGGUCCUCCCUCGACAGACCUGUGGAUUGUUUACCCACACUAUUUUCUACAAAGAGUACCCAGGAGGACCCCAGGAAUUAGAUAAAAGUAUCAAAGGAGGCGAACUUUUCCUUACAAUCCUUCUAAACCCAAUCAGCAUUUUCAUGACUCAUUUAUCUAACUAUGGGAAUGACCGCCUAGGGUUGUACACCUUUGUGAACUUGGCCAACUUUGUGCACAGCUGGACCAACUUGCGUCUUCAGACUCUGCCUCCAGUGCAGCUGGCCCACAAGUACUUUGAGCUCUUUCCUGAGCAGAGAGACCCUCUCUGGCAGAAUCCAUGUGAUGAUAAACGGCACAAAGACAUCUGGUCCAGGGAAAAAACCUGUGACCACUUACCAAAAUUCCUGGUAAUUGGGCCACAAAAAACAGGAACAACUGCACUUUACUUAUUUCUUCUUAUGCACCCUUCCAUCAUCAGCAAUUUUCCCAGCCCCAAAACAUUUGAAGAAGUUCAAUUCUUUAAUGGCAACAACUAUCACAAAGGAAUUGACUGGUAUAUGGACUUUUUUCCUACUCCAUCCAACAUUACAAAUGACUUUCUAUUCGAGAAGAGUGCUAAUUACUUCCAUUCAGAAGAUGCCCCCAAGCGAGCUGCAUCUCUUGUCCCCAAAGCCAAGAUCAUCACCAUCCUCAUUGACCCUUCAGACAGAGCAUAUUCGUGGUACCAGCACCAGAGAUCACAUGAAGAUCCAGCUGCCUUGAGAUUUAAUUUCUACGAAGUUAUUACAACAGGACAUUGGGCCCCAUCCGACUUAAAAACUUUGCAGAGGAGAUGCCUGGUACCGGGGUGGUAUGCAGUUCACAUUGAGAGGUGGUUAACCUACUUUGCUACUUCUCAGUUGCUAAUUAUUGAUGGACAGCAGCUGAGAUCUGACCCAGCUACUGUGAUGGAUGAAGUCCAGAAGUUUCUGGGAGUUACACCUCAUUAUAAUUACUCUGAAGCACUAACGUUUGAUCCCCAAAAGGGCUUUUGGUGUCAACUACUGGAAGGAGGAAAAACAAAAUGUCUUGGAAGAAGUAAAGGCCGAAAAUAUCCACCCAUGGAUCCUGAGUCCAGAAGUUUCCUCUCUAAUUACUACCGAGACCAUAACGUGGAACUGUCCAAACUGCUGCACAGACUGGGACAGCCUCUGCCAUCCUGGCUGAGACAGGAGCUGCAGAAAGUGAGAUAGCGCUGAGACCAGGCCGUGCUUCUCAACAUACUUACUGUACCUUUGAGUAGAAACGCACAAGCCCCACAACUUUAUCCCUUAAUGCACUUAUGAUCGUCAACAGAGACUGUCUGAAUAAAGUUCCUUCAGUCUUUUUCAUAAAAUGAAAGCUGUUAUAUAUGCACGCAUUGGCAAUUAUUAG